ACGUCUACGUUACCUAUUUGGCGUCCUUCAAUUGAAACAGUGUAUGCAUUUCACUCAGGCACGGUUGUUACCUUACCUUAUCAAAAUGCCUCUGGGAAAGCAGGACGGGACUCAUAGACUGUGGGCUCUUGUUGUAAGAGGGGUGGUAUUUGUCCGCAUCUCCAUCCCUCCAGCGGGGCUGUCUACGCUGCCCUCCUCGGUUUCUGUAGGAGCAGGCUCGGCUCACCUCGUCAGGAGCAAGAGUACACGCAGUUCUUCCACACAUUUUACGGGAACUUCCCGACCACCUGAGAAAGAGGUUCAACAAAUGUUGAGCUAGCUAACCAUCUGAUCAAACCAUGAAGCAGAGCCAAAGAAAGGGUUCCUAUGAAGAAUGAGAGCUGAUGUUAAUAUGGAGGCCACCAGGUCCAAACAGUCUGUCCAGCUGGGACACCAGACUUCUGACAGACGCUGCAUACCAUGCCCAGACAGUGGGGAAACAGGAGGCUCAUCCAAGGAUCAGAAGGUCACAGCUGUGGUCCAGCGAUGCAACCAAGAUGAAGGCAAAAGCCCGCAAACAAGUACACCUGCUGAGGGCAAAGUUCGCCGCAGUUUUGUCAGCUUACCUGCUCUUAACCCAGAGAGAGUGAGGACAGCCAAAGCUCUUGCGGACAAAGCUGUCAAGAUGCAUAAGGUAUUCUAUAUCCAGGGCCCUUACCCUGUCAUCAGGGCAGCAUUGAGGUCUAGAGGCUGGGUGGAGCAGCGUGUGCAUCCCCCAAAUCACCAUGCUCACCAGCGCCACAGCGAUGAGGGCAGAGCCAGCUCUAAUGAUGCUGGUGACAGCGAUGACGAUGACGGUGAUCUAGAUGAAAACAACUCCGACAGUGUCGAGAAAGAGCAGGAUCCAGAUGGACUAUAUGAUCUCAUGUCUCGCCUGGUGCGGAAUGAAAUGGUUUAUUUCUAUUGGACAAACCGUAGAGACGCCAUCAACAACAACAGCUUGCAAAAAGAACAGAUCACCAAUCAUUUUGCAAAAGCAGGCAGCUUCACCACCAAGGUGGGGUUGUGUGUGAACCUGAGGAACCUGCACUGGUUUGACUCAGCUGACCCAGACACCUUCUUCCCUCGCUGUUACAGACUAGGAGCAGAGGAUGAGAAGCACGCUUUCAUUGAGGACUACAAGAGGACAGCCUGCACCAGUUUUUUGAAGUACAUUGUGGAGAGGGAGCAGGGUGUUCAGGGAGAGGGAAUGAGCCACAACAUUCGGGCUGAGGGGAAACUAAGCAAGCGGCGAUCUAGACCAGUGGUCCUUUCCAAAAUGAUUAACAGCGCACUCAAAGUGUGCCACGAGUUUCUCGAGAGUCUGCAGCAUAAUGACAUAGACAUAAACUUGGAGACACCACAAACACUUACAAAUGAGGAGUGGGCAGAGUUUAUCAACAGUUACUACCUUGUUGUUCAUGGAGGAGCAGAGAUCGAGAACAGUGAUCAUUUCGUGACCUGCUGCAAAGCCAUGCUACAGAGGCUGGUGGAGGUCAGUCCACAGCUGCACAUAGACGGCAUACACAACAUCUGGAUCAUCAAACCUGGAGCUAAGUCCAGGGGCAGAGGGAUCAAAUGCACCAGGCGUCUGGAUCAGAUCCUCAGGCUGGUGGACAGUGAUCCAACCAUAAUCAAAGAAAGCAAGUGGGUGGUGCAGAAGUACCUGGAGCGCCCCUUGCUGAUCUAUGGCACCAAAUUUGACGUGCGCCAGUGGUUCCUGGUCACCGACUGGAACCCCCUGACUGUGUGGUUCUAUAAAAAGUGCUAUUUGCGCUUCUCUACGCAGCCUUAUUCGCUAGACACGCUGGAUAGCUCUGUCCACCUGUGCAAUAACUCCAUCCAGAAGCACCUGAGACCCUCCCAACAGCGUCAUCGUGGUAUCCCAGCAGAUAAUAUGUGGUCGGAUGACCAGUUCAGGACCUUUCUGUCCAGCCAGGGCCAGGAAGCUCAGUGGCAGACAGUGGUAGUCCCCGGGAUGAAGAGGGCUGUGAUCCACGCAUUACAGACAACACAGGAUCUGAUGGAGUCACGCAAAAACACAUUUGAGCUCUACGGGGCUGACUUUAUGUUCGGUCAUGACCUGCGUCCAUGGCUGUUAGAACUCAAUGCCAGUCCCACAAUGGCUCCCUCCACGCCUGUGACAGCCCGCCUCUGUACUGCUGUGCAAGAAGACACAUUACGAGUCGUCCUGGACUGGCGGGCGGACCGCACUGCAAACACUGGAGACUUUCAGCUCAUAUAUAGACAGGCAGCAGUUGACGUGCCACAGUAUGUAGGAGUCAAUCUACUUGUUGAGGGCUUCAAAGUCAAGUGCCCCUGCCCACUUCCUCCACUGAGGUCCUCCAACCGUUCAGCACCGAAACGCCGCCGUCCUGUCAAAGAGAAGGAACCUGCAGGAGAAAAAGUAAAGCCUCUGCCUAAGAUGUUGUUGAAGAGUGCAGAGGCUCCGCUCAAAAACAUCAGCAGUGGGGUCCUGCCACCUCCUCCUCUUCCUUCUGAGCCGCCUGGGCCCUUCCCUAUUGAAACCUUCACAAUUCACCUGCCAAUGACUGUGAAGUCCAUCCACCUGCCUAUUAGUGACCAGUCUCACUCUGUACUUUUGUGGAAGAGGAGACCAGAAGUAUCUAAAGUCUGCUCAGAGAAAGACCAACCCUGUACCACAGAGAAGCACCAAGGCCCUACUUUGUCUUUGGAGAUUAAUGUUCCAAAACAGUCCAGGCAAGCAACCACCAGCACCUUGAGUGCCUAAAAGACUUUCAAAAGAAGGUUUGUUAAACCAUCCACAUACCACAUCCAUCGUCCUUCAGCUUGAACUUUCUUUUUGCAGGUUUUUUUUGGCCUACAUCAUAAUAAAGUCAGACUUUAAUAGA